AUGACAAAGAUCAUCCCUUCAAUAUGGAUAGACGAAAGGACACCUGAUUCGUGGAGACACGCUAUCAUAAUUCCCCUCCACAAGAAAUUAUCCGUCACAGACCCCAGGAAUUAUCGAGGAAUCUCUUUGCUGCGUGUUAUGUACAAGGUAUUGGAACGCAUUAUAUUGGACCGAUUUAUUAAACAUCGCGAAGAAAUAACGCGCGAUGAGCAAGCUGGCUUUCGUCCUGGCCGAUCUACGAUUGACCAGGUGUUCAUCGUCAGGAGAGUGAUCGAAAUCCGGCAGCGGUAUUCGAAGCCAAUGCAACUGGACUUUGAAGCCGCGUUCGACUCUCCUCACCGAGGCCGUCUUCUCAACACGCUCCGCGCCGAUGGAGUACCAGGAAAGUUCGUUCGCUUGCUUGAUGACAUGAAUCAACGAACAGCUGCUGCAGUUCGAACACCAGCCGGAUGUACAACAUCGUUUGAAGUGGUAAGUGGAGUAAGACAAGGGGAAGUGGCAGGACCUUUCCUGUUCAAUUUCGCAAUCGACGACAUUAUGCGAAGAACAGUCGACCAGUGUCCUGCAGACAUUGUCUUAGCACCAUCUGGGUGCCCCUUGACUGAACUCGAGUACGUCGACGAUGUUGUUAUAUUCGCUGAAAGCAGUACGAAACUUCAACAUGUUGUCAGCAUUAUAUCGAAGGUGGCUGCGGCCUAUGGACUACGUCUAUACCCUGAUAAAUGCAAGCAGAUAUGGAUCUCUUCGAGACCUCGAACGGGAAUCAGGGUGGACGGACAACCGAUAGAACUCGUCGAUGAGUUCUGUUACCUGGGCUGUACGCUGAAGAACAACGGUAGCUACGAGAGAGAUGUUCAGCAAAGAUGCGAUAAGGCAGCUUCUGCAUCUAACUCCUCAACGAAAUGCCUGUGGUCGACCCCCAUCACCAACGAAGUCAAGCUGCGAGUCUACCUAUCCGCAAUUCGCCCCAUCAUGAUGUACGGUUCGGAGACUUGGGCAGCACCAUCAACGGUUAUGGAGAAGCUUGACUGCACGGAACGAAAGCUGCUUAGACGGCUACUCGGCUACUUUUGGCCUAGGGGACCGGCAGAUCGCCUUGUUCAACGAGUUCUGAGGAGUUCGUCGGGUUCGAGCUGGAAGAAUCCACCUGACCGAAAACGGAAGUUCUGGACUGAGGCGGUGAAAGAGGACCUGAGGACACUCGGGGUGGAUAGGCAGUUCAGGCGAGACUAUUCACAUAUGAUUAUGCAAUUUGGACAGUUUUUAAGUCAUGAUAUCACUCACGCACCUCUCGACCAAGGACCGAAUGCUGAAGCACUGAACUGCAGCAGCUGCGAUUCAUUUCGCACUGUUUCUACAAGUUGCAUGCCGAUUCCAGUGCCAGAGGACGAUCCAUUCUUCAGUCCCAUCAUUGAGGAUGAACCACAGUGUAUCCCAUUCGUGAGGAGUCUUAAUGGCCAACGUCAGCUUGGACCAAGAACCCAGAUAAAUCAGCUCACAGCUUACAUUGAUGGGUCCGUUAUUUACGGCUCAACAAUUUGCGAAGCUAAUGCAUUGAGAGCAGGACAUGGAGGGAAACUCAAGACAAGUCACAGCUCAGAGAAAUCCGGGAGUCUCCUCCCGCAAGCAGAAGAUCGGUCGCAAUGUCAAUCCUAUCCAAGAUAUCCUUGCUUUAUGUCUGGAGACGAACGCGUUUCUCAACAUCCUGGAAUUACUACCUUACAUAUUUUAUUUCAUCGCGAACACAAUCGCUUAGCCAGCAAACUAUCUUCAAUUAAUCCACAUUGGGACGAUGAAAUGCUUUACCAGGAAACGCGGCGCAUAGUAGGCGCUGAAAUUGCUCACAUCACGUUCAACGAAUUUUUGCCAAAGGUGCUUGGAAACGAGGUUGUCGACAAGUACGACCUCCGCCCGAAACCGAAUGGAUAUUUCACUGGUUACGAUGAACAUUGCGAAGCCACUCUAUCACAUUCAUUUUCAACAUCUGCUUACCGCUUUGGACAUUCGUUAGCGAGACGCACAUCGCCAAAACAGUAUAGCAGCAAAAUGAAAGGAUGUUCUCCUGUCCUCAACACUGUCAAUGGAGUAGCUGUCGGUGAAGCGACCCUUCCAAUUUGGAGGGAACACUUCAAGACCUUGCUGAACCGGCUAGCACCGUCAGCGCCUGAACUCGAGCACGUUCAUAGACUGACAUAUGUGGUUAACGAGGCGCCACCGACCGAAUCGGAGGUUCCAGUGUAUCCAAUUAGCGCAGAAAUACUAAAAUAUCUUCCUCCGUCUGGGAUUCGUGGGAUGACAAAGAUCAUCCCUUCAAUAUGGAUAGACGAAAGGACACCUGAUUCGUGGAGACACGCUAUCAUAACUCCCCUCCACAAGAAGUUAUCCGUGACGGACCCUAGGAAUUAUCGAGGAAUCUCUUUGCUGCGUGGUAUGUACAAGGUAUUGGAGCGGAUCAUCCUGGACCGAUUUAUUAAACAUCGCGAAGAAAUAACGCGCGAUGAGCAAGCUGGCUUUCGUCCUGGCCGAUCUACGAUUGACCAAGUGUUCAUCGUCAGGAGAGUGAUCGAAAUCUGGCAGCGGUAUUCGAAUCCAAUGCAACUGGACUUUGAAGCCGCGUUCGACUCUCCUCACCGAGGCCGUCUUCUCAACACGCUCCGCGCCGAUGGAGUACCAGGAAAGUUCGUUCGCUUGCUUGAUGACAUGAAUCAACGAACAACUGCUGCAGUUCGAACACCAUCCGGGUGUACAACACCGUUUGAGGUGGUAAUUGGAAUAAGACAAGGGACGUUGGCAGGACCUUUCGUGUUCAAUUUCGCCAUCGACGACGUUAUGCGAGGAACAGUCGACCAGUGUCCUGCCGACAUUGUCUUAGCACCAUCUGGGUGCCCCUUGACUGAACUCGAGUACGUCGACGAUGUUGUUAUAUUCGCUGAAAGCAGUACGAAACUUCAACAUGUUGUCAGCAUUAUAUCGAAGGUGGCUGCGGCCUAUGGACUACGUCUAUACCCUGAUAAAUGCAAGCAGAUAUGGAUCUCUUCGAGACCUCGAACGGGAAUCAGGGUGGACGGACAACCGAUAGAACUCGUCGAUGAGUUCUGUUACCUGGGCUGUACGCUGAAGAACAACGGUAGCUACGAGAGAGAUGUUCAGCAAAGAUGCGAUAAGGCAGCUUCUGCAUCUAACUCCUUAACGAAAUGCCUGUGGUCGACCCCCAUCACCAACGAAGUCAAGCUGCGAGUCUACCUAUCCGCAAUUCGCCCCAUCAUGAUGUACGGUUCGGAGACUUGGGCAGCACCAUCAACGGUUAUGGAGAAGCUUGACUGCACGGAACGAAAGCUGCUUAGACGGCUACUCGGCUACUUUUGGCCUAGGGAGACUGGCAGAUCGCCUUGUUCAACGAAUUCUGAGGAGUUUGCCGGGUUCGAGCUGGAAGAAGCCACCUGGCCGAAAGCGAAAGUUUUGGACGAAGUGAUUCAGUGCAAGCUCUUGCUGAAGAUCGAGAAGGUUGAGCAGAGCUGUGUUCAAGGACGGCACACCUCGGCGAAGAUGCGGGUAAUCGCGUCAGGUGAUGACAUCAGCCCGCCAAUUAAGUCACAUAAGUCAUGUAGAUUCUUUUCACGCCCUGAUGCCUACUUCCAUAACUACACUUCUCCACUUGAUCUCGCACAGAAUUUCGAGUACGCAGACGCCAUCUACGAUAUGAAAAACGGUGGUGCUGGAUCUAUACUUCUUGGUCUCGUGAGUUCGUCUGCUAUGGCUGCAGAUAGACAUCUCAACGAUGCCCUCAGGAACUACCUCUUUUCCAUACGUGGAAAACCUCAAAGUGGACAUGACCUUGCUGCCAUAAACAUCAUGAGAGGAAGGGAUCAUGGAGUACCACCGUACGUCGCACAUAGAAAGUUGUGUGGUCUCGCUACUCCGGUAUCGUUUGCUGAUUUAUCUGGUGAAAUGUCUACGUCUGCUGUUGAAGCUCUUAGUUCAGUGUAUGAAUCGGUUGAAGAUAUCGACUUGUUUACUGGGAUAAUUUCAGAAACGCCGAUGAAAGGAGCUAUGGUUGGCCCAACCGCAGCAUGUAUUAUAGCUGACCAAUUCUCAAGAAUAAAGAAAUGUGAUCGAUUUCACUAUGAAAAUGACGGAUCACAGAAAUUCUCGCAAGAUCAACUUGACCAGAUAAGACAAAUCACACUAUCAUCGGUGAUCUGCGCGAAUCAUGGCUGGAUAAGAAAACUUCAACCAGAUGCAUUUUCCAUACCAGAUGACAUCGUAAAUGCUCCAACUAACUGCGGCUACGUUCCCAAACUUGAUUUGGCAAAAUGGAUCGAUUUAGAUGGAUGUCCCAUCUCAAACUCCUUGUCUCUUUCGCAUGGAGAAAGUACACUAAUCUCUCCGUGUACUGGCUGUACUUGCACCCAAGAAGGACUUCGUUGCAAAGCAACAGUAGUUCACGACUGCUAUGCGGUAGCUGAAAAGUAUUCUGUGGCAGAAAUGAAACAGGAUCCUGCAUGCAUAAUUCAGUGUUCUUCCAUAUUUAAGAAGAAGUACGUCUAA